UUUGGUUUACGAUAAAAUGCUUUCACCAUUCUGGAUCGCUGUUGUUCUCUCCGGUGGCUUCUUGCUUCUGCUUUUCGGAGUGAACGUCCCCCACAAAGCUUUAUCGGAACUUGCACAGCCAAUAAUUCACAUUAAUGAUGCUUAUUCAAGUGCAGGUGGUGCAACCGAUCUUAUCUUGUACACCUACCACGAAACGAGCGAGGCCCUCAAAAACCUCAACUUCUUUCUGAAGCAUGCACUUCACAACAAAGCCGACUUCAUCUUCAUCAUGAAUGGAGAAUAUACCAUCAAUAUACCGGAUUUGCCGAACGUCAAAGUUAUCGAUCGCCCAAAUACAUGUUAUGACCUCGGCGCCUAUGGAGAAGUCUUGCGAGCUAACGAUUCGCUUCUCGCAACCAAAUACUCGCGCUUUAUCAUGAUCAACGCUUCUCUGAGAGGACCUUUCCUCCCUUCGUGGGCCAACAAUUGCUGGUCAGAUACAUAUCUGAGCAAGCUCUCCGAUCGAGUCAAGCUGGUCGGCAUGACGUACAACUGUGCGCACAAUGAUGGUUAUCCUCCCCAUGUGCAAUCGAUGAUAAUGGCAACCGAUAAACUAGGCAUGGCCGCCAUUUUGCCAAAGCUCAAGUGUUUCGAAAACAUGGCAUCGGCUGUGAACGAAGGAGAAACACAGAUCACCCGUUGGAUUCAUGAAGCAGGGUAUGGGACGUACGCCAUGAUGUCGAGCUUCACAGCGUAUGGCGGAGUGGAGAGCGACAAGGUGUAUUUGGAGCACUGCACUGGCUCCGACGUUCUCUAUUCUGGUGAACACAAUGGGACUUCUUUGCAUCCAUACGACACGAUAAAAGUGAUUGACCAGCUUACGGAGUACGUAGACCUGUCCGGCUACUCAAGCUACGACAGAUGU